UAUACAGCACAAUGUAAUUAUUAUACAUUUCAAAUGGCACGGAGUUAGUUAGCAGUGGAUCGUUUCCGUGUCGAUAGUUAAUUAGGUAUAUCCACGCGUUCAGCAGAAAGAAUGGAUUCGGCCAAUGGAAAUCAUGAAACAGGGAUAAAAAUUAUCAACUCCAAUGAGAUGGAAUUCGUUCAAUACUUGGCAAGCGGUGGAAUGGCUGCAGUUUCUUUGUACAAAUGGAAGAGAAAAACUUCAACUGAAAUUUUCGUGGCAAUGAAAAGUCUUCUUCACGGUCAUAUAGAAAACAGAUUUAAGCCUCAUCUACGUCGGGAGAUGGCAAUUCUUGCAACAUUGGAACACGAGAACAUUGUGCAAAUAUUUGGUGUCGUACAAACUAGCGAUAAAUUUGGGCUUGUUAUGGAGUACUUCCCUUUCGGUUCCUAUCUCAGUUUUUUUGGCAGUCUAUGGGACGAAUUCGAAAAAAAUGCCAUCAUAGAAAAAUUAAUCGUGCCAAUCAAAAUUCAAAUAUUGUGCGAGAUAAUAUCAGCAAUGAAGUAUUUACACGGAAUCAGACCAAGAAAAGUUUUGCAUUUGGAUUUGAAAAGCGACAAUGUACUGCUAGAUGAUAGUCUUCAUGCAAAAAUUUGUGAUUUCGGAUUGAGCACUAUGAGCACGUUAACUGAUCUUCGAAGCAGAUCCAUUAUAAUUGAAGGUCCUGGUGCAACGGGUGGAACUCCAGGAUAUAUCUCGCCAGAACGGCUGAGGAACGUUAGAGCAAAGCCAACUACAAAAGCGGAUGUAUUCUCAUUCGGUGUAGUUAUGUGGGAGAUUAUGACAGAUAAGCUGCCGUACUCAGAGCCUGUCACUAGUGACUAUCAUUCUGACGACUCAGAUAAACAACGACCAGAUCUUUCUUUACUGCCCAAUGUAUUUCCAUCAGAAAUGACAAGUAUGAUACAGUCAGCUUGGGCGAGUGAUCCGAAAGCAAGACCUAGUUUCAGAGAACUUGAUGAAGAGAUGCUGUCAAUUAAAGCUCGAAUUCCGUGUUAUAAACAUCAAGUUAAGGAAUCUCGAAUUCAAACGUUACAACUAUACAAGUCGACACGUGCGGGAUCUGAUGGCAAUACACAGCAUCAAAGCGUGUCUUCACAAUCCAGCAAUAUGCAACACCACGGACAGUCAAUCUGCACCACAGGUUACGCCGAAGGCAGUCAGGGUACAAAAUCAUCAGCUAAGCCACAGCACAUUCGUAGCCCUGAUACAAGAAAUUUAUCAAAAAGAAUUUUCAAUGGUACGACGCCACAGCGGUUCGUUGGUGCAAGGGGAGAUGAAGAAAACAGUCCUUUACUUUCUUCCAGCACCAAUACUUCAAGGCAUAAUAGUGAUAGCAGUUUCGAGCCUCGUACAAUUCGUUUCAUAAAUAAUGACGCAGGGUUUGCAGGAUUAUCGCCACUAAAAUUAUUGUUCGUCAUCGUACUUCUCGCAUGUGUAGUCAUCGGACUUUCGGUUGGAAUAUGGACAUCGACUAAGCCACCAGAUCCAAACUACAAGUGUAUAUCAAAAUCAGGAACAUGCCUGAAUUGGUACGAACACACGUGCGUUGCUGGAUAUAGGAGUGGAUUAUGCAGCGGUGACUCGAGUAUUCAAUGCUGUUUACCGUGCGAUACUGACUGUCAAAAGACGGAAGCUGGAUAUAAUGAUACUGCUUGUGAUAGCAUUCAUGGGAUAUGUAAAGAUAAAUCAAAUUAUUGUUCUCAACAAUAUAUUGAAGGGAAAUGUCACGGCCCAGGAGACCGACAAUGCUGCCCACCGAAUCCUGCCGACAAGAAAUGCACAGAGCGAGGAGGAAAAUGUAUAAAUUGGACUGACUAUGAAUGUAUUGCAGGGUAUAGAAGUGGACUCUGUACUGGCGAUUCCGUCAUUAGGUGUUGUCUUCCAUGUGAUGCACAAUGUAAAGCUGCUGAAAACGCCUACAAAGAUCCAGGAUGUGACAGUCUCGAUGGAACUUGUAUGGAUAAAACUAAUUACUGCCCGACAGAAUAUCUUGAUGGCAAAUGUGCUGGACCUAAUACUAGACUAUGCUGUCAUUCUUAUCGACCAAAGUGGCUAAUAUGAAGAACAGCACUAUUUGAGCAAGCAAACAGAGUUGUUGAGGUUUGUUCGCCAAAAAAACAACUGACUGAAAAGUUUUGACACAUUUCGUACACGUAAGAAAUUACGUCAAAACUACGACUACAAAUCAAAAACUCGACAAACAUAAACAUUACCCAAACUGGUUCUGAUUGACAUAAAAACCGGCAGUAAGGCUUGCAGAAUAGCCUGAAGAUGAACACCGCAUGUAUUGUACCAUGCUAAUGCAAUUGUAUGUUUUGAGUGUUCAGUAUAUACACAAUAUAGCAUUGGAAGUUCCAAGAAAUUCUAAUAUUGCAUUUCUACAGCAAGCAAAACAUCCAAAAUCUUUCAAAAUAUUUUUUUUUUAAUGUCAUUCAGACAGAAGUAUGAGAAGAAAUAAAGUAAUAAAUACUACUUAUAGUAGCAAAUUUUCUAUCUUAGUUUUCAUGUAAUGAAUAAAAUAUUGCAUUUUUGUCUUACUGUACAACUGUCAAAAUAAUAAUGGCAUACCCACACUGGUACUUUUUUAUCAAUAACAAAUAUACAGAACAUGGGUUUGAAUUUAUAUCUUGAGUUCAAAUAAUCCUCUAGAAGUGUCCAAAAUCCUUAAGGUGUAACCUUGAAUAAAAUACAAUCACGUUUUUAAGCUAUAGUCAUAUUUUAAUAUAUUUAUUUUUAUGUUAUAAUAACGCAAUAGAAUUCGCAUGGAAAUAUUACAAAAUCGUAUUCUUUCUUAACAGAAAACUGCAAUUGGUGACUAAAUAAUAAUUUGAGAACAAUGAUUUCACAAACUGAAAAUGUGGUUCUGAAUAAACCAUAUUAUAGUUACACUCGAAAAAUUAUUCUGGAAUAAAAAAAAUUACCGCGCAA